AUGUCUCAGCUUGAUGAUAAUCUUGAUGAGUUUGAGGUUGAGGAUCAGGACCUUGCGGUUGAUAAAGGUUCAGUGCCUUCUCCUCCGUUGGAUUUACCGAAUGAUGAAACACUGAUGAUCGAUGUACAGAUUGAAACGGGGGAAAGGGUAAUAGGUGAAGGUCCUGUUGGUGAAGCAGCUACUGUUCGAAAGCCUCCACUUCCAAAGCAACGCAGGAUCACUCGUAAAAGGGCUGAAAGUAGAAAAUACGGAACCAGUAGUCUUCAUGGCCACUUAGCAAACUGUAAGAAAUAUUUGGCUCUUAGUCAUGAUCCUGGUCAAAGGCCUCUCUUGAUUGCUAGAAUGGAUGCUUUGGAUUUUGGGUAUAUGAAUUUGGAUGUUUACGAUAACUUGGAAAAGGGGUUUCAUUCGAUGGGCUUUUGUGGCUGGUAUCAUUUGGAUCCUAACUGCAUUGCUCUUCCCCAUUUGGUCAUGCCAAUCUUGUGGCUUUCUUUUCAGGUUGUGGAAAGUACGGUGUUUGUCAUGCUGAACUCUAUGGGUCUGGUGAAUGCGCCACACCGCUGUCCCAUUCCGGUGGUUGACGACCCCAAUACUAUUGUUAUUCCAAAGAGACGAUCACCUGAUAAAUUUGUUCAAAGUUUAUCUUAUGUAUUGGAGGACAAAAUGGCAAUGAAUGGAUCUCAAUCAGUUCCUCUUUUUGGAGGGCAUGAAACCUGGAAACAAAGAGAUGAAAGCUUCAAAGUUAAGCCUACCAUGAAGGUGCAUUGUGGCUUUAUGAAAAACAGUGGUGCGGAGAUGGACUCGAAAGACAGAAUAUUUGUCAAAAAGUGUCAGUUUGUGGUUGCAUCUGGUAUAUUUGACAGCUAUGACACACCCUUGCAGCCAUCAAAUAUAAGUGAGCAUUCACGGAAGCUCUUUUGUUUUUUGAUGGUGGUAGAUGAAGUAUCUUAUAAAUUUAUCAAGGAAAAUGUUACUGUUAAAGAAGAUGAGGCCAACAGAGAGUGGGUAGGUAUCUGGCGUCUGAUUUUGCUGAAGCAUCCUCCUUAUGAUGAGCCAAGGAGGAAUGGGAAGGUUCCAAAGAUAUUGACCCAUCGGUUAUUUCCUGAAGCACAAUACAGCAUUUGGAUUGAUGGUAAAAUGGAGCUUGUAGUUGAUCCUUUGCUUAUAUUGGAAAGAUAUCUAUGGCGGGAAAAGCACAUGUUUGCAAUUGCACAGCAUAAGCAUCAUAGGAGCAUAUAUGAGGAGGCUGAUUCAAACAAAAGGAGGAAGCGAUAUGCUCGUCCUUUGAUUGAUCUCCACAUUAAAAUUUACCGUUAUGAAGGUUUGGAGCCAUGGAAUCCAAAGAAAAACAGUAAAAGUGGAAUCACUCUUCGUUCUCCGGGCCUUUCAUCUUUCAUCUUAAACAUUUCAUUGGACAUUUCAAGAUCAGACAAAGGUUCAAGAGUAAAAGGCACAUGUUCAAACACAAAAUGAUACUCCCUCUGUCUCAAAAUUAUUGUCCAGUUUGUCAUUUCAUUUUUAGUACAAAAUUUGAACUAGAAAUAAAAACUCGAAGUGGAUAAUAAUUAUGGGACGUAAGGAGUACUUGUUGUUAAACCCGUCGUGACUGACUUCCCUGUCGCAUUGCCAUGAUCUACCUAGCAAAAUAUUGGUCUCGAUCAACAUCGGCGAGACAAAACAUUCCACUUCAUCAGUGUAUACGCUUCACGAUCCUGUCCUCCUUGAUCACCAAACCCUUAAACGGCGUCACUCGGGAUGGCUGACAGAUUUCACGAUCGCGCUUGGUAAGCGAUGUAGUUGGCAAUCCCAAUCUGUCUACGAAACUCGACUCGCGUAAUUAUAAACCAUUCCUCCAUCAAUAGUCAACAAUCCGUCCUCAUUUUGUACCAAACAGCGAGUAUAGAAACGCAUAUGUCGUUGAGGGUGGUAAUUAUGGCCUCGGAUUCGCAGGUUCCGGCGAACUGAUUGUCCUAAUUGUUCCGGAGGUUCUCCCGCGCCGCCGCUGUCGACGCUGUCAGGGUGGUCUCUUUUAUUGAGGUCGAUGACAUAGUCAGCGACCCUAUUUAAUAUACACAGCAAGUAAUCGGCGGCGGCGUCGCCGGUAAUUCCAUGAGCAUCUGGAUUGAUGGUGUACUCGAUCAUACUCCAUUUCCAUCUUUUCAGAAACACUGAUGGGUUUUCAAUUUCAUCAAACGGUGUGAACUCCAAAGACCUCUUGUAUCCUAUAACUCUUGAUGUCGUCAUCGCCCCAUCACCACCACCGUCUCCGCCACCGUCCUGCGCCGUCACGACCUCUUUUUCAGAAAUUGGGUGCCAAGUUCCACAUCCAGGCACCACCAAUGGAUGAUUAUCAUCGACAUCAUCGUUACAAGUACCGGGUUUGGUGAAUACGUGAGCAUAAUAAUGGUUUGACAAGGAAUACCCGGGCUUGAUCGGCUCCUUCAGGAUUUUCCAUUGGAAAGGCUCCCACCAGUUCUUUUUGGGAAAGAAUAAAUUCCAGCCGGCCGGGAUAUUACAGUCGCCGUGGCCGUACAUAUCUAUUUCGGUGACGAGGUGGGAUUCCCAGGCGGCUUAGAGGUGGCCCUGACCCAGAAUCUUGUUCUUCAGGAAAUACCCGAUUAAUUCCUCAUCUUUGGGGUUGAGAUCGAAUUUUCUCUUUCCUGUACACGGUAAUGCCAUCGGAGGCGCCACGAUUUUGCUGGAGGAAUGAAUUUACAGUAGUAAUAAUGAAGAAACCCAUCAAAACAAUAUAUAAAUAUUAAUGAAAAAGCAGAAGCAAGAAUAUGAUUACCUCUUUAUCGAGAACAAGACAAGACUAAUCCCCCUGCAAUGUUAUCUAAAACUAACCCUAAGAAGGACGCUACUGUUUUGUUGCAGUAGUAUUUUUCUUUUCAUGAUCAUUUUUUUUUUCUUUACUGAGGGAGCGUUAACGCUUAGAACAAAAGAUAAGCUCCUUUAGUCGAGGGCAGACAAUCAGCAG